AUGAAGAAGAAAGGAGCUCGUGGUCGUCCACGAAAGCAGCAACAAGUUGCUGCAUCUGUUGUGUCUGCGGAUGAUGCAGAACAGGCUUUGGCGCCAGCAGCUGGAGAAGAUAAUGCAAACGACGAAACAAUUGACAUUACAACUGGACAAGAAGAAAAAGGUGGUGAAGAUAAUACCAUGACUGAAGUGAAAAUGGAAACAUCUGCAGAUGAAACUUUGGAUGAAGAGCCUGAAAUGCAGGAAGAACAGGUGCAGGAAGAGGAACAAGAACAAGAAGAUGAGGAAGAAGAAGAAGAAGAAGCCACAACGGCUAAUGGUGAUGAAGUGAAGAAGGAAGAUUCUGACAUUAAGAUGGAGACGGCAAGUGUGGUUGAGGCAUCUGGAGAUGGUGAGACGGAAGAUGCUCAUGCUUUAUUAGCGGAAAUUGAAGAAGCGGAAUUUGUUGAGAAUGAAGUUUACAAGAGUUUGAGGGCACAGAGUGUGAAACCAAAGGUGGCUGUAGCCCUGAUUGAAUUAUAUGAAGCAACUGAUAUGUCUCCACAAGAACUUGACGAUCGUGCAAUUGAGAUGCUUCGUUCCCUUCCACUUGACCAUGCAUUAUUUAUCAUUAAAGAGGUAAAGGAGUCGAAGCUCAUGGGUGUUCAAAACAAAGCUCAGUUUUUAAUGUCAGUUAUGCGCAAUUUUCGUGAUAAAGCUCGACAACUUGGAGCAAAUGUUGCUCUCUCGCAAAAAUUAGUGAAUGGACCUUCGGUGGAAAAAAUCAAAGAAAUUUUGGAUCGAACAGGAUACAAUCUGGAAGUGACUAUCGGUCAGCGAAAAUACGGUGGGCCACCACCAGAUUGGGAUGGACCAGCAGCAGGUCCACAGGGAUCCGGACAUGAGAUUUAUAUUGGCAAGAUUCCGAAAGAAGUUUACGAGGACACUUUGAUAACGCUUUUCGAAGAUAUGGGAAAAAUUUGGGAUCUUCGGCUUAUGAUGGAUCCACUCACGGGGAGAAAUCGCGGCUACGCUUUUCUAACGUAUUGCGACAAGACAGCAGCUUAUGAAGCUGCAAAAAAGUUUGAUGGUUACGAAAUAAUGCCCGGAAAAAAUCUGAAAGUGAACGUGAGCGUUGCCAACACACGACUAUUUAUUGGGAAUAUUCCAAAAUCGAAGUCAAAAGAGGAAAUUCUUGCGGAAUUUAAAGAACACACAGAGGGCGUGACUGACUGCAUAAUUUAUUCAAGUCCUGACGCAGGAGAAAGCCGCAAGAAUCGUGGCUUCUGUUUUCUUGAUUUCUGUGAUCACAAAACCGCAUCAGAUGCUAAGCGCAAGAUUCAUGCUGGAAAGCUGCGACCGUGGAAUUCGGAUUUGGUGGUAGAUUGGGCGGAACAGCAGGAGGAACCAGAUGAAGAAACUAUGGCAAAAGUGAAAGUAUUAUAUGUACGGAAUUUGAAAGAGGCUGUGACUGAAGAACAACUUAAAGAAAUGUUUUCGGCUUACGGUGAAGUUGAUCGAGCAAAGAAAAUUCGCGACUAUGCCUUCAUUCAUUUUAUGGAAAGGGAACCUGCUAUCAAGGCGAUGGAAGCACUUAAUGGUACAGAAUUGGAAGGAAUUGCAAUCGAUAUUUCUCUUGCGAAACCUCAGAGCGAUAAGAAAAAAAUGAUGCGUGGACGCGGACGAGGUUUCGGUGGUCUACGUGGUGCAUUUGGUGAUUUUAGUUUUGGUCGUGGCAUGAGAGGUGGACGAGGCACACCAGGUUUCGGACGUGGCAGUUUUGGUGGACCAACUGAUUUUGGUUACAGUGGUUAUGAUCCCUAUGCUGGAUAUGAAGAAUUGUAUGGUUAUGGAGCACCUCCAGGUACUUAUGGAUAUGGCUAUGAUGCUUAUGGUUAUGGUCCUGACCCUUAUGGUUACGGGUAUGGUUCACCACCAAUGGGGGGUCGAGGAGGUCGAGGCGGCAUUCCAGGAGGUGGAUUUCAGCCGCGUGGUUCCGCAGGUCGAGGUCGUGGUACGGGAGGUCGAAGUGGUCGUGGGGCAACGACAUCUCGAGGUGCGAAACGACCAGGUGAUGCUGCCGGUGGUCCAGCAUCAAAACGAGAGUUUGGCAGUGAUGAUUUCUCAGCUGAUGUUAAUAUGAAUUCAUUUUAA